AUGGAUUUAGCAUACAACCACCCUCGUCCCUAUGCCCGCCAUCACAAUCGCUCCCUCACCUCCCCGAAUCACCUCACACUCGCCCCGUUAACCUCACGAUUACCCCUCUCAGACCCAGACGCGCUGCCUGACUUCAAUUCCUCUUCUUACAUUGAAGGCCGAUCCGCGCCUACAACGCCCUCGAUCCUCUCCCGCUCCUCGUCCCGCGUAUCAUUAUGCAAACCCGCACAUCUUUCCCUCUCAAAAAGCAAAUCCAGCACGCAUCUCCUUGCUGCUGCCAAACACAAACAAGCUCGGUCCGUUCCCUCGACACCUAGGAAAUCGAAGCUGGGUAGAUCUGCCAUAACAACAGGCCAUGAUGCACAAGGGCUUUCGGAAGGCGACAGGAAUGAUUCGGAUUGGCUCCUCCGAGCCGGUGCGGCUAUCUCCUCCUCGACCAGAGAAUCAAAAGGGCAGGCAUGGUUAGUGUCGCGGGCGAGUUCAACGAGCCUGACUGCACAACGGGAUGAAGAGGAAGAGCAAUUCGAACACGAGCUCGCAAGGGAGAGGAUGGCUAGAGAUAGUAGAAGGGGUAGCGUAGAUGCUGAUGACGAGUUCUCUCCAAUUACCAGGAGGAGUUUGAGUUUUAGCUCGAGGAGUCGGCCUGGAAGUCGAUUUGCUAGUAGGGCGAAUAGUAGGAGGGGGAGUAGGGCGGUUUUGACGCCGCUGGCGGAUGAGAGGGAUGGGUAUUUCGACGUUAGUAAUUUGGACAAGGAGGGGUUAGUUGUAGAGCCGGAUUUUGUGGAUGUGGAUGAAGAAGAAUUCGAGGAUGAAGGCGGGGACGAGGCGAGGAUGGAUGAGGCUGUUGUGAGGAAUCUUGCGAGAGCGAGUAGUGCGGGACUUACAGGGUGGGUUGAGAGAAUGCUUGGGUGGAGUUUGUUCGCUGUAGAUGAAGAUGAUGAAGAUCCCGACGUCGAUGUUGUGGGUGAGAAAACCGAGGAGACGGAGUUGUCCUCUAGGCUAUCGAGGAGGCAUCUUAGAGGCGGUAUGGAAGAAGUGCAAACUGCAGACGUGAUGCCUGCUCUUAGAGAUGAUGAUGCUGGCGGCUGGCAGGAUGCUGCUUGGCUAUUAAGCGUUGCUACGAGAGUGCUACUUUAA